UCCGCCGAGGCUCUGCUGGCGGACGCCGGGCUCUGGGAGCAGAGCGGAGCCUCUGGCCGUGCACCCCGCCGCGCCCCGGUGCCUGUCCUGCCCGCCGCGCAUGCAGCGCAGCCUCUCUCCGGUUGUAUGGUCCAGGCCCCGAUGAGGAGUCCAAACAUGGAGACUUUCAAGCAGCAAAAAGUGGAGGACUUCUAUGACAUCGGAGAAGAGCUGGGGAGCGGCCAGUUCGCCAUCGUGAAGAAAUGCCGGGAGAGGAGCACAGGGCUGGAGUACGCGGCCAAGUUCAUCAAGAAGAGGCAGAGCAGGGCCAGCCGUCGGGGCGUGUGCCGGGAGGAGAUCGAGCGGGAGGUGAGCAUCCUGCGGCAGGUGCUGCACCCCAACAUCAUCACGCUGCACGACGUCUAUGAGAACCGCACCGACGUGGUGCUCAUCCUCGAGCUAGUGUCCGGAGGAGAGCUGUUCGAUUUCCUGGCCCAGAAGGAGUCGUUAAGUGAGGAGGAAGCCACCAGCUUCAUUAAGCAGAUCCUGGACGGGGUGAACUACCUUCACACAAAGAAAAUUGCUCACUUUGAUCUCAAGCCAGAAAACAUUAUGUUGUUAGACAAGAAUAUUCCCAUUCCACACAUCAAGCUGAUUGACUUUGGCCUGGCUCACGAAAUAGAAGAUGGAGUUGAAUUUAAAAACAUUUUUGGGACACCGGAAUUUGUUGCUCCAGAAAUCGUGAACUAUGAGCCGCUGGGACUGGAGGCCGACAUGUGGAGCAUCGGCGUCAUCACCUACAUCCUACUAAGUGGAGCGUCCCCCUUCCUGGGAGACACAAAGCAAGAAACACUGGCAAACAUCACUGCUGUGAGUUACGACUUUGAUGAGGAAUUCUUCAGCCAGACAAGCGACCUGGCCAAGGACUUCAUUCAGAAGCUUCUUGUGAAAGAGACCCGGAAACGGCUUACCAUCCAAGAAGCGCUCAGACAUCCCUGGAUCACGCCGGUGGACAACCAGCAAGCCAUGGUGCGCAGGGAGUCCGUGGUCAACCUGGAGAACUUUAAGAAGCAGUAUGUCCGCAGGCGGUGGAAGCUCUCCUUCAGCAUCGUCAGCUUGUGCAACCACCUCACUCGCUCCCUGAUGAAGAAGGUACACCUGAGGACAAACGAGGACCUGAGGAACUGCGAGAGUGACACAGAGGAGGACAUCGCCAGAAGGAAAGCCCUUCACCCCCGGAGGAGGAGCAGUACUUCUUAAUUGGCCCGGCUUGCAGUGGCUCCAGGGAGGUCCAUGUCCCUGUGUCCCUUUUGUGCCAUCUCUUGGACACUGCUCAUCACCAGGAUCCAGACAUUCUGUGUUC